CUCUUACAGUGGCUCUCACCUCAAAAUCAGCGCUCAUCCUGCAGAGCUGCUUGUGUGCUGGUGUCAGAGCGGAGAGGCAGCGGGGUCACCAUGGCGAGUCCCGGGCAGAAAGUGGUGCUGAUCACCGGCUGCUCCUCCGGUAUCGGCCUGAGGAUGGCCGUGAUGCUGGCCCAAGAUGAACAGAAGCGCUAUCACGUCAUAGCAACGAUGCGUGAUCUGAAACGUAAAGAUAAGCUGGUGGAAGCUGCCGGGGAUGCGUAUGGGAAAACUCUUUCUCUGGCUGUGCUGGACGUCUGCGAUGCUGAGUCCGUCAAACAGUGCAUCGACGGCAUCAAAGAUCGCCAUGUGGAUGUCCUCAUAAAUAAUGCAGGCAUUGGCCUUGUGGGUCCACUGGAGAGCAUCCCCAUCGAAGAGAUGAAGAAAGUGUUUGAGACCAAUUUCUUCGGGGUGAUCCGCAUGAUCAAGGAGGUGAUGCCUGAUAUGAAGCGAAGGAAAGGAGGACACAUCAUCGUGGUCAGCAGCGUAAUGGGACUGCAAGGUGUGGUGUUUAAUGACGUGUACGCAGCGUCCAAGUUUGCUAUGGAGGGAUUCUGUGAGAGCUUGGCUGUGCAGCUCUUCAAGUUUAAUGUCACAUUGUCGCUGAUUGAGCCGGGCCCGGUUCACACUGAAUUUGAGGCAAAGAUGAUUCAGGAUGUGAAGGAGAAGGAGUAUCCCGGAGUCGAUCCUGAGACGGUGCAUUACUUCAAGAACGUCUAUCUUCCUUCCUCUGUUGACAUCUUCCAGGUACUGGGACAAACGCCUGAUGACAUCGCCAGAUGCACCAAGAAAGUGAUCGAAGCAAGCAGGCCUCGUUUCCGUAAUCUGACCAACCCCCGGUACUCGCCCAUCGUAGCUCUGAAAUACGCUGAUGAAACUGGAGACCUGUCAGUCCAUGCCUUCUACCACAUGCUCUUUACCAUGGGUCCUGUAAUGCACGUCUGCAUGACUGCCCUGAAGUAUCUCACCUGUGGAUGUCUGAGGAGCAGGACGGUCUCACCAAACUAGAAACUUAUAUCUUAAGCACAAAUAUGAAUAAUACAAACAUUCUGCGUAUGUAUGUAGACCACAAUAAAGAUCACCCUCGGCUUAGGAAGUCAGAGGAAGAAACAAAUACAUACAUACGUUGACGGCUUCAAAGAGUUUAUCUUUUGUGACCUGCCAUAUUUCCUGCUGCAAAUUGUAAUGAAUAUAUUAUAUGAACAUAUAUGAACAGUAUAUAUUUUCUCUUCUCUGUAUAAGUGUUGUAGCUUUAUGAAUGUACAGAUACGAUACCUGUUGAGUCCAGUUGAGUUGAUACACUACAGAUUUUAACAUUCGUUAGCCUACCCAGAGUGCCAAAUGAGUAGGGUUCACCUCAUUUUAUUAUUUUAUCUCAAUCAGUCCCACAAAACUUCACAUUGUUUUUAACUCUAAUUGGUUCAGAAAAAAAUCGUCCUACACCAAGUUGAUUUGCAGCCUGUGUAUUUGGAUGUAUUUGCAUUUAUGUACAUAUUUUUCCAAUUCUAUUAAUGUAUUGGAACUAUUUUGGCAUUAAAAAAUUGUUAUUUAUACCAUCCAUGAGUUGUGUUAGUGCAAAUGGGGUUGCAUACACAUUACUCAUCAUUAUGGUUAAGUCUUAGCUAAUGAAUAUAAUUUACUGAUCCUUCUCGACUGUUUAGAAAAGACUCUUUAAAGGCAGUUUGUUUCUAUCAAGUGACAUUUCAUCAAAGCUAAGCCAUUGACUGCCUAUUCAGAAAUACCUAAUCUGCAUUGUUGUGAUAUCAUAAGGGAAUUCAGACAAACAAGUGUUUGAUUUAAACAAAUAAAGAAAAUUGCCAUUA